AUGCAUAACUCGUUUAAGGAGAGGUCCGCGGAGCGCGCACGCCGGAAGCGUACUUACUCCAUAAACAGCCUUCCGUAUUUUUCAAUCAGAGAGCUGUCAAAGCGUUCUGACACCCUCAUCCUAUUGGCUCGCAUUCGCCGAGCACCGAAAUUGGUUUUCUACAUUCAAUCCAUACAAAGUUUAAUGUUAUUCGUUUGCGAUAUCACCGGGAUGCCGCCGAUGUUUACCGACGCGCCAAAUCAUAUUGGAUUUGCAAACUUUUGUUUGCGGACUUUAUUUCAUUUCGCUGGCUGCUACCUGCGGCUUAAUACACCACUGUUUCCGGUUCAUUUCCGGACUCCGCGCGCUUUGCCGGAUAUUGCUUUUAAGGUUGCGCCGCACGCUAGUGCUUUGCAAAUCGCUGCACUAACAGAUUCACAGCAGAACAUUAUUGCACGAUUUGCACUUCACUCGCAGGAGAUGCAACCGUCGUAA